AAAAGAAGUGUCUUUCAACUCUGAUUCUCAUCUCAACUAUAUAUAAAAGGCAGGCCAGUGUUACAAACUCUCUCUCUCUCUCUACACAAAAAUUAAGAGAAAACAACAACCAUAGUUAAAUUAGCAAUAUAGUUGUUGUCAUUGUUAGAGCACAAACCAUGGGAUUUCCAGUAGGUUACACAGAACUUCUCUUCCCAAAAUUAGUUCUUCACCUUUUAUCCAUCUUCACUUUCAUACGAAAACUCAUCAACACCAUUUUCCGCUACAUGGGUCUCCCCGAUUUCAUCGAACCCGACAUUAUAUGGCCCGAAAAUUCAACUCGAAUACCCGAAUUCGAAUCCGUUUCAGCUCUUCUUAUCCGUGAAAUCCUUCCAGUUGUAAAAUUCAUGGAGCUGGUGGACCCACCCGAAAGCUGCGCUGUAUGUCUUACUGAGUUCGAGGAAAACGAUGAGAUCAGACGGUUAGCGAAUUGUAGACACAUUUUCCAUCGAGGUUGUUUGGACCGUUGGAUGGGAUAUGAUCAAAGAACGUGUCCUUUGUGUAGAACACCAUUCAUACCUGAUGAGUUGCAAAGUGCUUUCAAUGAGAGAUUAUGGGCUGCUUCUGGGAUCCCUGAAUUUCAUUCUGCUGAGGAUGUUCUUUCUUUGUAGCUCUAGCCUCUAAGGACAUGUUUGGUUGGAUUUUCUUCUUUUUAUGUUUUUCUUUCUUUUUUGUGUGUAUUUGUUGUACAUAGAAAAAUCAGAUUUUAGAUGUAUAUUGAUUUUAUUUUUUAUAUAGAUAGAUGAGUUCUGUUCAGUAGAAUAGAUUCUGGAUCUGGGUCUUCUUUUUUAGAGUUUGAAUUAUUUUUCUCUUUCAUAAAUGAAAAAUUUGGAUUACCUCAUACAAGGUCAUUCACAAUUACUUACCACUUUUAGGAUUUACAAUUGUGUCAACCGCGAUUGGUUUUUAGAAUUUUAAUUUAACUUUGCUA